AGCUUCCUUUUGUCGUUGAGCCACCGCAACCGAAGCAUGCAUCAUCUUGGAAAAGUUGCAUUAGAGGCAGCAGUAAAGGCAGUAGUAAGUACAGCAGUAAGUACAGCAGUAAGUACAGCAGUAAAAGAAGGAACGUCAGCUGUAAGCAAAGCUGCAAAAACAAAGGGUGAUCGAAAAGUCACCCCAAAUUAUGAGUCGCAACAACCAUUCCCAGUACUUUGCACCCAGGGAAAUACAGUCCACUCGAAACUGCGUCAAUUUUCACAGAAAGAUCUUCAGGCAAGCAUCUGCUUUUUCAAUGAAGGCUUUUUGUAUCUUUCUAAAGUAAUUGGAGAGGGAUCCGGAGUUAUCAAUGGAAGAGAUGGAGUCGAGGAUGUUUCAAGGAGGUCAAAAGAGAAAGCAUUACCCGGAAGUAUCGAGGAUCAUGACAUAAUUCCAUUGACAGCUUUGCUGGAAGCAAUAAUACGCUUUGGAGAUUUGAAAGAAUGGGAUGAUUCGGCUGCGAAGGCACUGGCAGAUGCGAAGGAGAGGUUCAGAGUUGCUCGAAAAAAAGCGACGAAAGCUUUCUGCAACGAAGUCUUAAGCAGCAGUGAGCGAAUUUUUGCUGCGCGGUAUCGGGUUGCCUCGACGUUAUUAGAGAAAGUGGACAGUCCUGAAGAUGCGUUAGGGGCUUGUGAAUUGUGCCUUCGAGAGCUACACGCCCUACCUGAUGUUAAGACAGGCUUUAAGGAAAAUGGAGGGUCGCAAAUUAUUCAAGCGGAUGUGCGUGACCUUAACAGCUUUGUUUGCGAUGUUACGCAAGUCACUGGUGGCGUUGGGGCGCUUAUCAGCUGGCCAUGUGUCGUUGCUGGUGAAAGAAGAGUCGAUCCCUUGCACCAUGAAGAAAUGAUGUCCUCUCAUUGCUGUAUGUCAAAGUCGUUUGGUCAGGAGGGAGACGACGAGCAAAAAUUGACGUUUGCUUGGAGUAUUACGUCCAACACAAGAGGAGAUUUCCUUGUGCCCGACAGUAUAGAUCGCAACAUCAAAGUCUUCAACAGCAACGGCAAGUUUGUGCGCUCUGUAGAUCCCUUUGCAGAUGAGCCGAGGUCUUAUGAUGAGAUAUGGAAUAUAGCCGGUGACUCUUGGGACAACAUUUACGUGUUGACGCUGCACAGAACUGAAAGAGUCCCCAUUUCAAGUCUGGUCUAUAUACUGGACGAGGAUGGCCAUCUGAUUCAGAGGCUCCCCUUGCGAGAAGGUUUCAGAGGCUCUGCAGUUGCAGUGGACGACAACAGCCGAGUUUUUGUUCUGGGAGGUUCUUUUUCAAAUUUUCACAAUGAUGAAGUGCAAGUCUACCAGCUCUGCCAAGGAUUUGUGCAAAGCUUUGGAACUAAACAUUUAAUAAACGCAGAGGAUAUCACUACCGCUGACGACGAUCGUGUGAUGGUAGUGGACGGAGAAUCUGAUCCAUUGGUUUUCGUAUUCAGUGUGAAUGGAGACCUGCUACACAAGUUUAAAGUGUCAGGGUCACUUCCAGAUACUGGUGUAGCCAUAACGUUUCACAAGAAAAGUCAAAAUGUGCUGGUUGCUUCUCUUCGACCAGAAAGCCGUGAGAGGGUCUCAGUGUACGAAGCGGACGGCCAUCUUUUGCGUGUCAUGCAGUUUCAAGAUAAAGGAGGCCCCUUUAUCACAGGAAUAACAGCUACCCCCAAAGGCUGCAUUGCUGUUCCAGGUCAAAAUAAAGUACUUUUUCGUUAAAACCAAAGCGGAAUGUUUGAAUAGAAAUGGUGAUCAUGACCUGGGCUUCUUUUGGUGGAAUUUCGAGCAAAAUUAAUGCUUUUCGUAACCAGUGUUAUGAGAAAAAAAGGGGGUGAGUGAAAGGAUGAAAGUACACUGAAAUGAACGAGUACAUAAAAGAAUAAACAAACGAAGCAAUGAAAGAACUUAUUUUUGAAUAAAUGGAUGCACCAAUGAAGAAAUGAACGAAAGAAAGAAUAAAUACAAAAAUAAUUGGAUUAAAGAAGGAAAGAAAGAAAAAAUGGAUGAAUGAAUGCCCUUUUUUAUUCCAAACUAAAUAAUCUGUGGGCAUCUCUCUGUACCAAGUUUUUUAAAUAUUUUAUUCAAUUACUGACUGAUUAAAAUUUUUAUCAAUACAAAGUU